AUGUUUCCAUCUCAAACUACAGAUUUCUAAGUCCAAAACAUCUUACCUUUUCCUCUUACAAAAAAAUGGCUACUUACAGGCAUUGCUUCAUCCUGUCCUUGGUUGCAGCACUAUCACUUUCAGUCAUAGAUGUGAGUUCUGGAGCUCGCCACUUGCUGCAAACUUCAGCACCAGCACUGCCAACUAUUCCAGCCUUGCCUAAGGUUUCGUUGCCCCCAAUGCCUGCAGUGCCAACGCUUCCAAAAGUAGCAUUACCGCCAUUGCCAACGACUCCUCUGCCUACGCUACCAACUAUUCCAACACUUCCCACAAUGCCUACUACAGUUCCCAAGAUGGUAUUACCUCCUCUGCCAGCAUCAUUGCCAACCAUUCCAACGACGCUGCCUUCUUUCCCAAACAUUAACAUCCCUACAACAUUCCCAUCCAUUCCUUUCUUCACUCCACCGCCAUCCACUACUAGCCCUUAAGUUCAAAAUUUGUUUAAAAAACACUGCUUCAGAUGAGCUUGUAUUGAUUUUAUGAGUUUUAUUUUAUGACCAGAACUUUUGAAACCUCUUGUGGUUUCAUGACAUUUCUGUUUCUGCAUUACUAUGUCUCUGUAUCCUUUUCUGUUGUAUUAAUGUUUCUACUGGAUUAUUAUUUGUCUGUAUACUGUAUAGUGGUAAUUGAUGGUCUUCUUAUUCUUCAAUAUAUAUAGGAACCAAUCUAUGACAGUACAAAUGAUGAGGAAUCAAUAUCAGAAGAGGUUCUUAUAAAAUAAUUUAGCUGCAAAUCUUUAAAGACCUGAUUCCUGCGAUGCUCUAGUGACAUUAUAAUGCAUAGAGAUGAUUAACGGACGAUGAUAAAUGGUUGAUUAUAACAGUUUGUGCAGACUCUUCAGUGCAAACUAGCACGUCGGACACCUGCAUAAUCUGCAAGGUAACAAGGAUACGACUCACAAAACCUCGACAAUGAAAAGUGUAUCACUAAGCGGCAACAAAACUUAUAGACAAUUCAGAAGAGAUGGCGGACAAAAGGGUUGCACUUGUUACUGGGGCAAACAAAGGAAUUGGAUUUGAGACAUGUCGGAAACUGGCAGCUAAUGAUAUCACAGUUAUAUUAACUGCAAGAAACGAGAAAAAUGGUUCUGUAGCUGUUGAAAAGCUUAAAGCAUCAGGCCUUUCGGAUGUGGUUUUCCAUCCUCUAGAUGUCAAAGAGCCAGCAAGUAUUGCUUCGAUGGCUAAAUUCGUAGAGACCAACUACAAGAAACUUGAUAUUCUUAUCAAUAAUGCAGGGGAAAAUGGAAAUGCAGUAAACUUAGAAGCACUCCCAAGCAUUAUUAAUGGCGGGAUGCUACAGGUAUUCGAUGAGAAUGUUGACAAGGUGAAAGAAGUUUCAACAGAGACAUAUGAGAUGGCAGUACAGUGUCUCAGAACAAAUUACUACGGAACCAAAAGAGUGACAGAAGCACUGCUUCCUCUUCUUCAGCUCUCCAAAUCCGCAAGAGUAGUGAAUGUCACAUCUUUUUUCGGACAACUACAGUUUUUCUACAAUAAAAAGUUUAAAGCAGAGAUGAGUGAUGUCGAAAACCUGUCAGAAGAGAAGAUAGAUGGAAUACUGCAGUGGUUUUUGAAAGACUUUGAAGAAGAUAAGCUUAAGGCUAACGGUUGGCCACUAACAGUAGCUGCCUACAAAGUUUCUAAAGCUGCUAUUAUUGCUUACACAAGAAUCAUGGGCAAGAAAUACCCGAAUAUCCUGAUCAAUUGUGUGCACCCGGGAUAUGUUAGAACAGACAUGUCUUACAGGACAGGACCCUUAACUCCCGAAGAGGGUGCUAGAGCUCCUGUGAUGGUGGCUAUGUUGCCUGACGAUGGUCCUUCAGGCCGCUACUUCUAUGAGAUGCAAGAAUCUACGACGUUCUAAAUCAUGCAACUUCACAAUUGUAAAAUCCUGAUGCGUUGUUAUCUUACACAGAGUUUGUACUAAUUCAGUGUAUUUAAUAAUCAAAUGUAGUAUUCAGCUUUACUUGACAUAAUUUUCACUGGACUAUCAUAUCUCUCG